UUCCACCAAAAAGAUUUUCAGGCAAUUCAAUCUCCGCAGCUUCGGAGUGGACUGAUCGCCCCUCCGCGCACGUCAGCCCCUCUUAACGAGUAUAAAGUCCCCUACUACGCUUGGCCACUUCAACUUUCCACUCUCUCUUUUACCCGUCCGCUAUCCGUAAUACUCGCCUAGUCUUCAAGACACGCUCGCUUUAUCCCUCCUUCCAUCCAAUUUCAUUUUACUCUCCCCCUCCCAGCAUCUCGCCUACUGUAUACGAUGAAGUCAUUCGCUGUCCUUACUGUCCUUGCCUCCCUUGCCGCCCAGUCCUACGCGGCGUUCAUGGUCAACACCCCGUCCAGCCUCGUUCAAUGCCAACCUUCCCUUCUCUCAUGGCAAGAGGGAACGGCUCCUUACUUCCCUAGUAUCAUCCCAGGUGGUCAAGUCAGCGCAUCCCCACUCAAGACGUUUGACACUACCUCGUCUACGUCGCUUACAUGGAAGGUCGACAUUGCUGCUGGCACGUCCAUCACUGUCGCGGUGAAGGACAGCACCGGAGCGACUAUGUACACGGACGCUGUCACCAUUGGCAGCAGCUCAGACUCUAGCUGUGUCAGCUCGAGCGUUAACGAGGUCUCCGCAUCAGGUAGCGGGGCGAGCGGCGGAUCUACAGCAGCGUCUGCUGCCACGACCAGUGCCAGUGGUGGUGCUAAAUCUUCCAGCUCAGCUUCUGGAACUGCUUCGGGUAUGUCUUUGCUAUCAACCGCACACGCCGCCGCCUCUUCCGCCACAACCCACUCUUCCAGCUCUGCUGCAAGACAGUCCGGCUCAUCGACUUCUUCAGGCUCUGCAAGUUCUGCUACACACUCUAGCGGUGCGGCUGGUCGCGGCUCUUCAGUCAGCGCAGCCGGCAUUGCUGGUAUCCUUGGUGCCAUCGGCGCUGCCCUUCUGUAAAAGAAAAGCGAUGCAUUUUUUUUUUCGUGAUUGAGGGGCUCCGAUGAACCUUGCACGAUUACACAGAUAUUCUUGGACUUUUUGAGGACAUAUGACUGAGCGCCAUCUCGUAGAUAAUUUUCCAUUCCUUUUAUUGAAGACAUACUCUUGAGCGAGCUUAUAUACAUCAGCACCGUCGUCAUCAUCAUCAGUUAAUAGUUUCCUGCCAUGCUACAUCACCCAUGUAUCUCCGGUUUGUCGAUUAGGUGCAUACAUGCAUAUGCAUGAACCGUAAUCUGCUUGAGUUGAAGAUAUGAAUGGAAGAUAUGUCUCAAUAUGUUUGGUUUCGCUUCCAAGUGUUGCGGAGACU